AGUUGACUGAGCGCAUUUAUGAUUCCUCUCUUUCAGGGAAGGAUGCAGUGCUUGGAUUUAACCGGAAAACACACGAAUCACGGAUAUGUCGGAUCGAGUACAUUCAGGGGUCUAUGUGUAAAGUAUGGAUUGUGAAGCAGGAGAAUCUUCCCCUGAGAACAGAAACUUGGAUACUCUCAGCCGCUGGGGGAGAUUUCUUUGUGGUCCACGUAAUCUUGCACUCAAAGAUGUGUUUACAUGGCAGCUCUUCAAAACUAUUGCAAUGGGUCAAGCCCUGUCCAUGCUGAUAUGUGGGACAGCAGUUACAUGUCAGUAUCUGGCAAGGGAUGUAGAAACGCCAAUGCUGCAAAGCUUUCUUAAUUAUUCUCUGCUGCUGCUCACCUAUACUUCCAUGUUAGCCCUAAGAAGAGGGGAAAAUAAUAUUGUUCAAAUUCUAAAAACAAAGUGGUGGAAGUAUUUUCUGAUGGCUCUUACCGAUGUAGAAGCCAAUUACACUGUUGUGAAGGCAUACCAGUUCACUACCCUUACCAGUAUACAGCUGCUGGACUGCUUUGUGAUCCCGGUUCUGAUGGUGCUGUCAUGGAUCUUCUUAAAGACUCGCUACAGGCCAUGGCAUUUUGUCGCCGUGGCUGUGUGUUUGUUUGGUGUCGGAGCGAUGGUCGGAGCAGAUCUGCUUGCUGGGAGAGACCAAGGAUCAAGUAGUCAUGUGUUGUUGGGUGAUGGACUCGUGCUGGUCAGUGCUGCUCUGUAUGCAGUGUCUAAUGUCUGUCAGGAAUACACUGUGAAAAACCUGAGCAGGGUGGAGUACAUAGGCAUGAUGGGGCUCUUUGGCACUCUCAUCAGCGGGGUGCAAAUGGCUCUACUUGAAUUUAAAGCUAUACCUGCCAUCAGCUGGGACUGGCAAAAUUGCCUGCUCUUUUUUGCAUAUACUCUGUGUAUGUACGGGCUGUACAGUUUCAUGCCUGUUGUGGUGAAGAUGACUAGCGCCACAGCUGUAAACCUCUCUCUGCUGACCGCAGACCUCUUCAGCCUUUUCUGUGGCAUCUUCCUCUUUCACUACAAGUUUACAGGCCUGUACAUCGUGUCUCUUGUGGUGAUCAUGGUUGGUUUUGUCAUGUUCAACAUUGUACCGACCUUCACAGCAGAUCAGUCGGAUGUCAAUAAUGAUGUGGUGUAUCAGCUUGCUUCAUCUGCAAAUGACCAACAAGAUGGAGACAUCGUUGAAAAUUGUUUAUCAAAGGAAGGACAAGAGAAUCUGGAUAGGACAUGGUCUUCUCACAAAGCACCCUGCAAUGGAAUUUGUUCACAGACAUGAAGCUCUACAAUGUAGAGUACAUUUUACAGAUUUUCCUGUAAAGGUUGUACAGGGUUUGCCAAAUGAACUAUUUUAUGUGUUAUUCAUGGAUUUUAAAUCCACUUCCGUGUGCCUUCAGUCUAUCAAACUGCAUAUCAAUGUUAGAUAAAUCUGCUGAGAUUUAAAUUUCGCCUGAUACAUUUAAAAAAGCAAAUAUUUUGCAGAUAAAUAAUGCAGUGUAAUGACCUGUACAGUACCACCUUCAACCACUCGAGGUGCUAACAUUUCAGUUUCAUUUGAAAUGCUCAUAGAUGCAUACAGUAUGACGAUGCGAGAGCUUUAUGAUUUUUUUUUUUUUUCUUAUAAACAUUCUACUACGGGUGUGUGUAUUAAGUUACUAAAGUGAAAGAUUAUAACACUCCAGGUGAAAAAUACCUGUAGCGGAAAUGAUGAAUGGUUCAUAUUAAACUUGUUACAUUUAUUAUUAAACAGAAUGGUUUUACAUAA